CUGCUGCCACCGCUGCACCAGCACCAACACCCCCGCCUCGAAGCCGACCUCAUGGACGCCGCCGCGCCUCCGCCUUACGUGCACGCGUUUGCGCAGCAGCAGCGCCAGAGCAAUAGCGGCGGCGGCGGCGGCGGUAAUAGUGGUGCAGCCAAGCUCGCCAUGGCCGACAGACUGCACACGCCCCUGGGCGUGCUCGCGGCAUCCGCAGCCAUCCUCGCGCCGCUGGCCAAGGUGCCCCCUCCAACACCUUCUCCCGUGGCGCCCCUCACACCAGCGCUCACGGUCUCGUCGCUGCGCAGGAGCAGCAGCAGCGUCGUGGGCGCCGGUGCUGGGCCUGUCCCUCCUCCCAUUUCCAUCUCUCCCGCCCCUGCACCCGCCGUCGCACCCUUAUCCCUCGCGUUCACGACCGUGACCUCCUCUUCCUCCUGCUCCGACGGAGACUGCGACGGAAACGGCGACAACACCAACGACAACGACUCGGAGCACAGCCACAGAGACAAGAUCCGCAAGCGCUCGCCGCCAUCACUCCCACCGCCUACGGAACACCAACAAGCGGCGCGACGGCCUUCGCCCCCGUUGCGGAAACGCACCGAGCCGGUCUAUUGCUCUGGCAGAAGCAAGCGCAAGAUGCCGGUCCGUGGCAAACAGCGCGAGGCGCUGCAGAUGCCGCGGUUUUUGCUGCCGGGGCUGUUGGGCGGGGGUGCGGGUGGGAGGUAGGUGGUGGUGUGUGGGAUGUGGUGUUGAGGGAAGAGUGUUGAGGGAAGGGUUGGGGUUCUUGGGCUUGGUUGGUUUGAUGGUGUUGGCGUACUGCAAGGGGGGGGUGGGGGCGCUGAGGGCGUGUUUUUUUCUGUGGCGUUGGGGUUUGGCUGUAUGUGUACCGUGCCGUGCCGUAGGUACCUAUCUACUUAAUGCUUAUUGCUUGUUAUGGAAG